AUGGAGAUUGGCCCAGCUCUUCCUCCACACCUUGCGAACAAACUGAACUCAUCAAGGGACGACGAAGAUGAAAAUGAAAAAGAUGAAGAAGGGAAAUCGGAUAGUGAUGAAGAAGAGAGUUAUGGACCAGCUCUUCCGCCUGGAUUUCAAAGCAUAAGUACAGAAGCUGUUUCCAAGCCAAGAAUUAUAGGACCCAUGAGACCACAGUUUGACACUACACGUCCACCUCCAGUAACGUCAAACGGUUUGUAUGGAAAUAAUAGUUAUUUCACCAUUAAGUCUGUCUCAAAUGAAUGUCUUCUUUUGAACAAAGCCAUGUAAGAGAAAGUUAACUCCCCCUUGAUUUGGUUUUAAAUGUACGUCUGGUCCUAGUUAUUCAAAAUAUGGUUAACGCUAUCCAGUAAAUAAAUCACUAUCCAGUGAAUAAAUCACUAUCCAGUGAAUAACGCAAUUGGUUUCCCUAAUACUUAUAAACAGGAUAGUGAUUUAUCUAGUGGAAAGUGAUAUCGAAUGAUUGAACAACUAGGCCCGGGUUGAGGGACUCCACAUAUAAAGGGGCUGGGGAUGCUCGUUGUCUCGCUUAGGGGUGUAAAUUUUGGAUUUUGGUCUCACUUAGGGUGUUCUGGGCAAAACGCCAUCAUAUUUAGCAGUGAAAGUCUUGUUCAGGGUUGCACGUGAAAAAAUAUAAAAAUAUGUUUAUUGUCUGUGUUUUAACAUGGUCUCUUUUAGGGGUCAAAAAAUGCUUGGGCUAUGCCCGGAUGGGUCUCUUUUGCCAGGGGUUUAAUUCAAAAUUUCCAACGAGCAUCCCCACCCCUUUCAUAUGCAGAAUCCCCCUCCCCUCCCGGGAACUACGCACAGAACAUGACAAACUCAAUAAAGAUUGUCAGUUGCCCCUUAAGCAGCUGAUAAUUUUGUAUACAAUUUAACAAUUUUUCAACUGCAGCUAUUAUGGUCUUUUGUACAAACAAGUGGAAAGGGUAAAUUAAAUCUCCAGUGUAUCUUUCAUUUAGUAAUACCAGCCAUAUUAUUAUAAAUUUAUCAAUAGCUCAAGGAAGAAGUGAUGAUGAUAGUGAUGAUGACAUCAUUGGACCCAGGCCACCAUCCAGUGCAGUAAGUAUCACAAUAAAGCUUUUACCCUUUCUGUAUCCAUACGACCAAUUUAGUCAUUAAUUAUCAAGGUGUUCAUUAGGCAUCGGAGAUAGGAUAAUUCUCCAUUUACUGUACAGAAUUCUCCUGUUAAUGUUCGGUAGUCUAUGACUAGUUUUUAUUCAGACGUGGAGCCUCUUUCAAAGCAUUCUCCUAUAAUAUUACACCUUUCUCCUCCUACUGGAAUUUUUAAUGAAAACCCUGAAUUAUCAACUGAGUUGGUUAAGUUAAUGCAGUAACCAUAAAGAGAUUUGGAAAAUGACAUUUUGAGAGCUACCUCUUAAGUAUCAUUCUUGUUGAUACCACGUACACUAUCACUACCCACCCAAAUACCACUACCACUGCUGUGUUUUUAAACUUGAAAUUACAGAUUUUGUUUUUGGCACUCUUGGGAUUAAAAAAAUUCUGUCAUUAACAAGCCUUGUUACUGGGUCACUGGCUUUCCACACCAAUAACCUUUGUCUCAAAGUCUAUUAAGUUAAAGAAAUGUUUUAUUACCAAAGUUUGCCUGUUUAUAGUAAUAAUAAAAUAAUGCUGUUACAGGACAUCGAGGUUGGCUUGGAAAGAACAAAAAUGGAUAUAGAGGCUCGCAGUCAAUCAAAAAAAGAUCAAAUGUCUGGAAAGGUAAGUUUUCAAAACAAUCAUAUUUGACGACUCCUCAAUCAAAUGCCGUCUUUGUCUCUUUUUUGGGGAGAGUUAUUUGCCAGUAGAAUUUCUGUUCAUUGGUCUUUAUGUAAGAAAGAUCCAAAGGUACAGUUUUCCGGAGGCAUGAUGUAGAUCAAGUGAAGGAGUAAAUCUUCAUCAUCAUUUAUGAUUGGAAUACAUGACACUACCCUCUGGGGAGUUUGGGGGGGGGGGGGGUGGUACUCUAUAUAAUGGCCUAUACGGGAAGGCUCCACCCAAAAGAGGUAAGCUUUUCAGGCUUCAGGUAUAUGAAAGGGCAGGGAUUUCACUAGUUGAAGUAUAUGAAAGGGUAGUGAAAUCUGUCAUUUCAGUCUGUGAAAAGAUCUAAAAAGGCUAACAGAUGCAUUUUAUGGCUGUGAAAAAGUCAAGAAGACGUUCUGGUUUUGUGAUUUAUUCAUAUUUAAAAGACAGUGCAUUUACACCAGUUAAAAGGGACUACACACAUGAAGGGGAUACCAUUUGUCAAUAGAAAGUAUACAAAAGGGAAACAGGCCUCUUCUGUAGAAAAGGUAUAUAAAAGGGUAACAGGUUGGACCUCCGGGAGCCUCCCCUUAUAAAACUUUGUUGAGUACCUCCCUUGAAGCAUCACCCAAGGCCAAACCCAACUCAACAAAAGUUUUGAAAAUCCCAGUAAUUUUCAAUUGCAACUACAAGCAUGAACUUUUCUCAUCGUUUUGGGAGAGUAGCCUGUUCUAGGCUCCAAGUCAGUUGGGAAAACAGAUCUAGAAAAGUUGCCUGGGGAAGUGGAGCCUCAUUGUUUUCAAUAGCUCAUACAUGUACAUACUGGUAUACCCUACGACUGGUACGUUUUGACAGUUAACAUAAACACUUUGGCUUGGCAAUCACUUGGCUUUGCAUGUGCAUAGCUGUGCAGGCUUAGACUAAGUUGUACAAGGACAGUACAAAUUUAGCCUUAGGGUUGGUAAGUUUGAUGUUUAACACCCAUGAGAUAAUGAUCAUGUCAAUGAUAGGAGCUUCGCUUCAUAGUGUGAACCCUUUCAUGUAGUCAUCAUCAAAUUUUUGAAGACAUUUCUGAUUUGAUUUUUCAGAAAGAUACCAAGCCUAAGAGAGAUUCAUGGAUGACAGAGCUACCUCCAGAUUUGAGUAAAAACUUUGGUGAGUCUUCAUAUCACGAAAACGUUUCACGGGGUGUGAAUACACUAUACUAGAUAGCUUUUUGUGCAGAUAUAAAAAGCUCUCCGGUACUGUAUGAACGGCAGCAGCACAUAACUGGAACAAGUUAUUCACGCACAUUGAACGUUGUACUGGAGCGGUUGGCUGAGAGGGUUUGUUGCCUUGACUCCAGCUACUCACUUCUGAAUGUUUACUUCCGUCUCAUUUGGUUCAAGUCCUCGCUCCUACUCAUUUACUUCCGCUGCGUUCCCAAUAACCUUUCACAGGGGGGGGGGGCUACAUGUACAGAGAGUGGCAAAAAUCUUUCCAACAUGUGACAGUCCAGGUUCAAGAUCUGCUUGGUGCAGCUUCAUUCCGUUACAGAAAUGGCGCUGAAAUCACUGUUCUGUUUAUUGGCGGAUCCAGGGGAGGGGACCAGGGGGCCUUUCCCCCUCCCCCUUCUUAUUUUUAGACCAAACUGAUGACCAAAGGAGAACGCCCUCCUCCCCUUAUCUCAGGGUCUGGAUGAUACCCCCCCCCCGCCCGCCUGAACAUAUGGAUCCGCCACUGCUGCAGUGUUAACAGAAGUCCUAGCCGGUAUGGUUUUGGUGCUGCUGUAAAUCCAUCCGGUUUAGUGGAAACAUAGCCUUGGCUUCUUUAUUCUUAUCCGGUCCUUGAAUAAUAAGUGUAUGACAGAACUCUCGUGAUUUGUAGGUCUUGGACCACGCAAGUUUCGAAGCCGUGCAAUUGAAUUAGGAGAUCAAUCAGUUUGGACUGACACACCAGCAGACAAGGCCAGAAAGGUAGUCUUAUCUAUAUAAGGAAGGAGUUAGAGUAGAACCUUGAUAAAACGCAAAAGUUGAGCAAGGUUUAAUUUACGUGCGACCUUCCAUACAUUGCCUCUAUUCAUUUUUAUUUCCGCGCGUAAAAUUUACGUGCUUACUCAAGUAAAAAUUACCUAACCUACAGUGGAAAUUCUCCUUAAGACAAAUGAAUAUUUUUUCAGGCAAAAGAGGGCGACAAAGGCUCUAAAAGAAGUGCCACUGAUGAGGAACCUCUCAGAACUCCGUGGGAGCUGGCAAGAGACCGAGAGAUGACUAACCAAGUUGAAAACCAUAAUGUAUGCCAAAUGCACUUGCGUUUGUUUUAUAUGCUAUAUCUUUCGGAAUCAGCUUGAAAAUUUUGACUCAUGCAUUUUUGUAAAUAUUUGUUUACUGAUGAAUCAGUGCUUUCUCCUUCAGAAACGACACAGAGGUGAAUCACUAAUGGAUAUCCACAGUAAGAAGCUUGAGAAACAAAAGGUAAAGAAUUGAUUUACUUCUUUUUACGUAAUGGAGUCUCGUGGUAUUGGGAAAUUCCGCUGAUCAUUGAGCUCUUCAAUCGGGUUAUAUAAAAGUCUCUUUGCCUGUUCUCCGGCGCCCGGUUUUUCGAAAGAUGGUGAAGUUUAACCCAGGAUUAACCCAGAUUUUAAACAAGGUUUUCUUGUCUAAGAACAUGCAACUCGAGCUUACAAAAUACUGUUGAGUCUUUACUUCGAUAUUCAGUGAUGAUAACACAGAAUGUUACUCUAAGAAAUGCAUAGGAAGGUAAAUACAUAAAUGGGACAAAAAUUUUUAAUCCUGGAUUAGCGCUAAUCAGCCUUUCAGGAGCCGGGGCUGGGUCUGUACCAAACGGCGGCCAUUUUCAUCCUCCUCAUCAUGCUUUCCACAACAGUCUCCCACAGUGACACCGUGCGGUUCCUACAUGAGGGAUUUCAGAUCUGUUACUUCCUAUUUCUGUUUCCGGAGCUAAAAGCUGAUGAGCGAUAGGUUAGCUACCGUGAUCGAGAGGUUAGGGUCCAUAGAAGAAGUGAUGAUAUUACAUCCUUUUCCGCUCUCAUGCAGUGUCCAGCUAGCCUCUCACGUAGACGUUCUUAGGGUUUCGUCACGCGUUCCUGUCCCAUGCGUGAUGAGUCAAAAGAACGUUUCCGAGGGAGGCUAGUGUCCAGCAAAAUGAAGAAGACUGCAGCGCUGAAGCUAUUCCGUAUUUGGCGGGCAGAAGCCUGGGUAGUCGGCUCCUGAAGUGGGCUAAUGUAAAAUAGAAUAAAAUAAAAUGAGCUUUUCGCCGGGACAAAGAAAACUGCCGUUAUAAGCAGAUGCCCCUGUCGAGUGGACGGCGGUAAAGCAGAGUUUUACUGUACCAAUUUAUGGCUCAGUCAAUCCCAAGCGUGCCCAUUCCCCCGAGCAAUUGUUGGGCAGUUGUCUUUUUUUAAACUGCUGUUAACGCCCCACGCUGGGGCCAAAUGGUUCACACAAAAACCCUACGCUUCGGCUUAAAAAUGCCCGGGGGGAAGGGCACGUUUGGAAUUGUCUAUAGGCAACCCAAAAUAUCACUCGCUUUUGGUCAUGAACUAAUCAAAGUUUUGAUUAAUUUUCUUCUUCAGGAAAGAGAUAAAGAUAAGCCAGUAGAAAGAAGACCAUUUGACAGAGAAAAGGAUUUAAAUUUACCAACCAUGACUGACGGCCAAAAGAAGUCAAUUAUUCGCAAAUCCAAAGAACUUGGCUCCAGGUUUCACCAUGCUCAAUCUGGUUCCUCGUUUCUUUAAGAAGUCUGUGAACUAUCACCCAGGUCACUCGCAUCAUUCAAACAGGGCCUGCCUUUCGUCUCGCCAGUCCGCGUCGCCGUUUGUCAAUGUUAGCUGAUGCAAAUAUACCUAAAAUUUAUGAUAACAAAAAAUGAUAACAACGCAAGCUGCACCCUCGUACCCAGCGUCUUCGUUCCCCUUGACCAGCGGUCGGGAAACAGCGUCAAGCCAGCAUGCGCAGUAAGGGACGAAGACUCGAGGUACGAGAUUGCGCAAGCUGAAUCUUAAAAGGUUCACAAAACUGUCAUAUGAGUUGGUGGAACUUUGUUUCAUGCAAAUACGCUGCGUGAAACCUUGCUCAAAGUGAUCGGAAAAAAUGUCUUCUUGAUCAUCCGUUGCUUAGAAAGUGCUUGACCGCCAAUCUCAUUCUGCUUACACGAGACACCAUGAGGCAAACUGAAAAGGGCGGCAAAGUCCCUUUAUUUUAUGAGAUUGCUACUCUUAUGUUCACCAUUUUCACAUGGACAAAUAAUGCACCUUGUUUAUCCCCCCAAAU